AUGGAUAGCCAAACGAUAAAAUGGCUAGUUUUUAACGGAAAAGCUGAAAACUACCCAGCAUGGAGCACGAAGUUCACCGCGUAUAUGCAAACGAAAGGUUUAUACAAAGCGCUUCUCGGGAAAGAAGUCGCACCGGAAGAGAUAGCACCGCUAGCAGGGGAUGCUUCAGACGAGCAGAAGGCCGAAUGGGAGGCAAAAGUUCAACAAAGAAAUAAACAAAUCGAAGAAAUUAAAGAAAGAAAUAAUACGGUAUGGUGUCAUAUUGUUUUAGCCCUCGACAAUAAUAGUCUUUUAUAUAUAAGACAUGAUUGCCUGUCAUCAGAUGGUGUUGGGGACGGGGCAAAGGCGUGGCGUUUGCUACAACAGAGAUAUUCCAACGUGGAAAAGCCAACUGUAGUAAGUCUAGUUCGUCAAAUUUCUCGAUUACAGUUAAAUGAAAAUGAAAAAUUAUCCGAAUAUUUUAUACGAGCGCAAGAAUUAAUGUUUCGAUUAACCGAAGCUGGUGAAAAGAUAUCAGAAACACUAUUCAAUGCCUUAGUUAUAAACGGACUUCCAGAGAAAUAUGAGCACUUCAUCGUACAGGAAAGUUUUAAUCCUGCAGCAAAUUUCACCGAAUUACGAACACGUUUACAAAAUUAUGAUGAUAGUCGACUCCAAAGAAAUCAAGCAAAAGAAGAUAGUGCAACAGCUAUGUAUUCUGGAAAUACGUCAGAAAGAAACAAAGGCCCAAGCAAGCCGAAGGGAGAUUGUUUUGUAUGCGGAAACCCUGGACAUUUCGCCAAGCAAUGUAGUAAAAGAAGUUCAGCUUACUGCUCAAAGUGCAAGAAAAAUGGACAUUUACCAAAAGCAUGCAGAGGUUCAAGUAAACCUGAUAAAUCCACAAAAGAACCCAACUCAUUUGCAUCAUAUUCUCAAUGUAUGAACAGUGGUACUGAAACAAGCAGUGGUACUGAAACAAGCAGUGGUACUGGCAAACCAAACCAUCUCAUUAUCGAUACUGGUUGUACUGAUCACAUCAUUAGCCAAAAGGAACUGUUUGAAAACUUACAACCUUGCAGCAUCAAAAAUGUUAAAGAUCCAAAGGGAAAUUUUACUCCUGUUGAAGGAAUUGGUGAUGUACCAGUAAAGCUUCAUCUGAAAAAUGGAAAAGAGGAAGAAAUGGUUCUACGAAACGUACUUUAUGUGCCAAACUAUGAAGUGAACCUGCUUUCUGUCAAUCGAUCCGUCAGAUUUGGACACAAAUUCGUAUUUAAUAAAAGUGAAGCAAAGUUAAGAUUAAAUCAUGGUCCACAAGUCGAUCUCACUGAAGACUGUGGUUUAUUUUAUCUGAUGAUUACCUUUCAAAGGUCCAGUGCAUGUCAUUCUACCACUUACAACACAAGUAAAGCAGCAAUCAAAGGAG